GACCGUUACACGGACCUUAACCGCCCCGGGCUCAGGAGUGUGAACGAGCCUUACGAAUGUAAAGUAAAGCAAGUGUUUUGGCAGUACUUGCCAGCGGUUGAGCGGGUUAUCGUUUGAAAAUUCCAAGAUGGCGGCUGAAAGCUGAUCGGAGUGGCCUGAAUAUCGAUCGAAGAAUAGUUCGAGGGAAAAGCCUUGACUUCAAGAUGGAAAAAAGAGACAUCUUUCUGUAUGGGACAAGUGCAUUCACAGCGUCAACUUUGAUGGUACUGCUAUACAGAUACCUGAACCGAAGGCGUAAAAAUGUCUACGAAACUCGCAAACUCGUAAAUUCGUACUUAAUGUUUCAUUAUGGUAAUCCUAGCGAAGUGCUUGCUUUUGACUUCGGACCAAAAGAUGCCAUCGACUUUCCAGUGCGAUGUGCAGAGAUGUGCACUAUGUACCUAGAGAAAGACAUUCCUAGUACUGCCAUUGAUAUAGGAUGUGCUGUUGGAAGAUCAACAUUUGAGCUUGCUAGACAUUGCCAGGAUGUUGUUGGAAUUGACUACUCAAAAAUGUUUAUUGACAGUUGUAAUGACUUGAAAAUGUACGGUAAACUACAUUAUCAAGUUACAACUGAAGGCUGUUUGUACUCUGAACAUGAUGCUAUAGUGGAUGAAAGUAUCGAUAGACGUCGAGUGUCAUUUCUUUGUGGAGAUGCGUGUAAUCUUCCAUCAGAUCUGGGGCAAUUUGGAUGUGUCCUUGCUGCAAACCUUAUUUGCCGGUUACAAAACCCCUAUAGUUUCUUGGAACGAUUGCCAUCUCUUGUUGUACCUGGUGGAAUAGUUGUUCUCACUUGUCCUUUCACAUGGCUCAAAGAAUUUACACCAAAGGCUCUGUGGCUUGGUGGUUACAAAGAUUCUAGUGGUAAUCCAGUGAAUAGUUUUGAUACAAUCAAGAGAUAUUUGGAACGAGACUUUGAGCUUUUGGAAACUAAAGACAUGCCAUUCUUUAUCAGAGAAACUGCGAGAAAGAAUCAGUGGAGUGUUGCUCAGACAUCCAUUUGGAAGAGACACAAGGCUUUAUAAAGUAUCUUUUGUCCAUCAAAAGAGUAAUAAAAUGAUGAAAUGAAAAAUUCUAAUUAUUUCUAAAACGCAUGCAUUUUUGACUUUUUGCUUGAGAUCGAUUGUAUUUCAACGUCUAGCUCACUCGUAAAUGAGAAUUUUCUUUUUGAAAGGGUUUAUUAAUUUCAAAAUAUAGAUUAAGCAAACUGUGAAGAGUCAAGCAAUUCUGAGACGGAAAUCCUGGGCAUAUUUCCCUCUCUUCAGAAGGUUGUACAAAAGUUUUGCAAUUUCUGCAUAUUUUGGAAUAUAGACUUACGCCACCAGCCACAUGCACAUUCCCAGAAACUGACUGUACUUCUGAAGUGUCUUUUAAGGUUUUCCAUUAAACUAUAUAAACUGA